AUGAUCUGGAAGGGACGAGAACGGCAAAGGAAAAGCGAAGUCCGUCUCAGCGGGAGUGAUGACAACAAUCUUAAUUCCAUCUUUUAUGAGCACCUGACACAGGCUCUGCAGGAGUCCCUGUGUGGAGACUUAGUUCUUGGUCAAUGGGGUAACUACACCUCUGGCGAUUGCUUUAUUUUGGCCUCCGACUACCUCAAUGCUUUCGUUCACCUGAUUGAAAUUGGAAAUGGUCUUGUCACCUUUCAGCUUCGAGGACCGAAAUUUUCAGGAACCUACUGCCAGCAGAGGGAGGUCGAGGCCAUCAUGGAAGGCGACGAGGAGGACAGAGGCUGCUGUUGCUGCCAGCCCGGCCACCUGCCACACCUGCUGUCCUUUCACCUCCGCUGGCUCACCUGGGAGAUCACACGGACUCAGUACAUCCUGGAGGGCUGCAGCAUCGUAGACAACAGCGCAGCCACCAUGCUGCAGGUGUUCGACCUCUGGAGGAUCCUCAUUCGCUACUACAUCAAGAGCAUAAUCUAAUAUAUGGUAACGUCCCCCAAACUUCUCUCCUGGAUCAAAAACGAAUCCCUUCUGAAGUCCUUGCAGCCUUUUUCCAAGUGGCAUUACAUUGAGCGUGACCUUGCCAUCUUCAACAUUAACAUGGAUGAUGACUACCUCCCGUGUCUCCAGGGGAUAACCCGCACCAGCUUCUGCAACGUAUAUCUAGAAUGGAUUCAGUACUGUGCACGGAAGAGACAGGAGCCCUCCAAGAACCUGGACAGUGAUAAGGACUCUGCUUUAGUGACCCUGUCCUUUGCCCUGUGCAUCCUGGGGUGGAGAGCUCUGGGAACGGCCACCCACAACAUGGCUCUCAGCCUGGAUUACUUCCUGUAUGGCCUUCAUGCCCUCUUCAAAGGUGACUUCAGGAUCACAGCACGAGACGAGUGGGUCUUUGCCGACAUGGACCUUCUGCAUAAGGUCGUCGCUUGGGCCAUCUGGAUGUCCCUGAAGCUUCACCAGGACCAGUUCACCUGCCCUGACGAGUAUGAAGACCCAGGGGCCCUCUAUGAGGCCAUCCAAUCCUUUGAGAAGAAAGUCGUGAUCUGCCAGGAGGGUGGCCCGGCCUGGAGAGGCACCAUGCUGUCCAACAAGGAGGAGCUGCUCACCCUGCAGCACGUGGUGGACGAGGGCACGGAUGAGUACAAGGUCAUCAUGCUGCACAGGGGCUUCCUGAGCUUCAAGGUCAAGAAGGUUAACAAAGAAUGUGUCCACGGCCUCUGGGCCGGACAGCAGCAAGAGCUCAUAUUCCUUCGGAACCACAAACCAGAGCGUGGAAGCAUCCAGAACAAUAAGGUCCUCCGAAACUUUAUCAAUUCCUCCUGCGACCAGCCUCUGGGGUACCCCAUGUAUGUGUCCCCACUGACCACGUCCUACCUCGGGACCCACAGGCAGCUGCAGAGUGUCUGGAGUGGCCCGGUCCCUCUGGACAGCAUCAGGACGUGGUUCCUGACCAAGUGGCUAAGGGUGCGGAAGGGCUGUGAUUCCGGCCAGCCAGGUACCGGUAACAUUGAAGACGCAGACAGGAGGGCUGCCCCCUCUGCAGGCGGCAGCCAUGCUCCCGGUGGCAAAAGCCAGGAUAGCAGCAUGGAACAGACCAGAAAUGGUGGGACCCGCCACUGGUCGCCCCACGAAGGGACACAGAAGACAGGCAGGUGGAAAGGCAGGAGUCAGUCUGUCCAGGCCCAUGCAGCCUUAAGCCAAACGCCAGACACGCUGAGCUCAUCCGGCCCGAUUGUAGAAAGCCACCAGGCCUUCCUGCAGAAAUACACGUCAGUCCAUGAGUUGGCACAGAGGCUCUCGGGCAGCCGGCUCUCCCUACACACCUCGGCCGCAUCCCAGCACUCACAGCCCCCACCCGUCACCACCAUGGGCCACCUGAGCGUCUGAGAGUGGGCCAAGGCGCUGAUCUGUUCCAGCCUGGGCUCAUCCACCAGCUCUACCCUGAGCUUCCUGUUGGGCAAGAGGAGCUUCUUGAGUGCCCUGGUCAUUUCUGGACUCUCUGCUGCGGAAGGGGACAACACCAGCGACACCCAGUCGUCCAGCAGCAUCAACAUCGUCAUGGGCACCUUGGCCAGGGCCACCAGCCAGGCCACAUGGCACUUCUCUGAGCCGUGUGAGCCCGAGCAGGGGCAGCGUCAUGACUGCCAUCUGGCUGGGGCCAUGGCAGAGAACGGGGAGCUGCUGUGCAGGAGAGUCAGCCAGGAGAACAUGGGCCUGGACAACACGGCCUCCCAGCAGAGCGCUUCCGAUGAGCAGUAG